AUGAAACAAAAAAAUCGUCCGAUAAUACACACAAACUUCCAGAAGGUUCAACAAUGGCAUGCUAAAAUCUACAUAUUUUUCGUGUAUACAGGGACGGACUUAAAUGGACAUAACGAAAUGGCAGGCAGUAUCGUUUUUAUACCUAAUAAUAGAAAAGUCAAAUCUUCAAUAUCACAUAUCUCAGACACUAUUAAACAUAUUUUGAUGGAGUUUUAUAAAAUAAUUACUUAGGGGGACGUAACGAUUUUUUUAAAUUCUUGUGUUUAAUCAAAGUGAACACAUUUCGAGCUUAAUAUUGAAAUUUGACUAUGUAUAGAUUGAUUGCGCCUUUUUUGAUUUUCAUAUUAAAGGUUUUUAUUUAUUCAGAUACGUUUUUUUAUUAGUUUAUGUGACACACAACUCAAUACUUCGAUCAUUGCCAACAUGAUUUCAUCAACAUUUUAUGAAAUAGUGCUUAGAGUUGAACUGAAGAUAUUUUGUGCUCUCCAAAUUCUAGGGCCAAAUGUAGCUUUUUCAACCCCCUCUAGCGGCUUUGUAAAUAUCAGGUAACCAAAUAAGUUCGUGCGGUUUUUAGUAGAAAAAUAUAAAUUUUUAUUGAGAAACAAUAAGACACCAUUUAUUCGUCGAAUUACCAUCACAUUCAAUGACCUUUUCCCAACGUGAAACCAAUUUUUGUAAGCCGGUAUUGUAUUAAAAAGGUGAUAAUCACUGGGCGAAAUGCUGGGAAAAUAUGGCGGGUGCGGUAACGUUUCCCAGCCGAGUUCAGAAAUUUUUUCUCGGGUCACCUUUGCGGUGUGAGGCUUGGUGUCAUCCUGCAAGAAUAUCACUUUCUUCGGAUUGAUCAAAGAAGGCUGUUUCUGGAUAAGUGCUGCUUGUACUCGUUGAAGCUGCUCACGAUUCAAGUUAGCAGUGAUGGUUUGGCCCCUUUCCGAGGACUCAUAAUGGAUAAUUCCAGUUGCUGUCCACUAAACACACAACAAAACCUUGUUUGGGUGCAAGGAAGCCUUGGGCGUGCAUGGUACCGACUCAGUAGGCGACAACCAAUUAUACGAAAGCUUAAAAUUCGAAUACAAGAUCCAUUUUUCGUCGCAGGUUAAUAACCGAUUAAGAAAUGGUUUAUUAGCGUUGCGUGAAAUGUUUGCUGAACAAAUGGUAAGACGAUUUAAUUUCUGAUGAAGAUGCAAACGAAUAGCUUCAGGACUCACUCUGAACAUUUCUGCAAGUUCUUGGCAUGUUGUCUUGGGAUUUGCGUCCACAACCUGUCGAGCAUCCUCGUUGUUCAUGAUUUUUGGUCUCCCUGAGCGCG